GGUGUCGAGCCCCUUUCCCGCCCCCUUCCCGCCCACCCGGUUCGGUUACCAGAACGACGGCGCGGCCGUAAAGCGCUGCUGUGCGGGAGGGUUGCGACAGCGGAGAGAGGAACGGGCGAGAGGCGGUGGCGGCGGCGCCUCCGGGAGCGGCCGGGAAGCAAGAUGGCAGGCAACAGCCUGGUGCUGCCCAUCGUCCUGUGGGGCCGCCGGGCCCCCACCCACUGCAUCUCCACCCUCCUCCUGAUGGAGGACGCUUCCAUGAUCGUCACCGGCUGCCACGACGGGCAGAUAUGUCUCUGGGACCUCUCCUCGGACCUGGAGAUCAGCCCCAGAGCUCUGCUCUUUGGUCACACAGCCUCCAUCACGUGUCUGGCCAAGGCCUCCGCUGCGGGCGACAAGCAGUACAUCGUCAGCGCCUCAGAGAGCGGGGAGAUGUGUCUGUGGGACGUCAACGAUGGGAGAUGCAUCGAGUUCACCAAGCUGGCCUGCACCCACACCGGCAUCCAGUUCUACCAGUUAUCCGUGGGGUCCCAGCGGGAGGGGAGAUUGCUCUGCCACGGCCACUACCCAGAAAUACUCGUCAUGGACGCAACCAGCCUUGAAGUUCUCUACUCCUUGUUGUCCAAGAUCUCUCCAGACUGGAUCAGCUCCAUGACCAUCAUCCGCUCCAGCAGAACCCAAGAAGACACGGUGGUGGCGGUUUCAGUGACCGGCAUCCUCAAGGUGUGGAUCAUCUCCUCCGAAGCCGCUCGGAUGCAGGAGACAACGUCGGUGUUUGAAGAGGAGUCCAAACCCAUCUACUGUCAGAACUGCCAAAGCAUCUCGUUCUGCGCCUUCACCCAGCGCUCCGUCCUGGUGGUCUGCUCCAAGUACUGGAGGGUCUUCGACGCUGGUGAUUAUUCCCUCUUGUGCUCCGUGCCCGGCGAGGCCGACCAGACCUGGACCGGUGGGGACUUUGUGGCAGCUGACAAAGUCAUCGUUUGGACAGAAGAUGGCCGAAGCUUCAUCUAUAAGUUACCAGCCAGUUGUCUCCCAGCCAGCGACUCCUUCCGCAGCGACGUGGGGAAACCGGUGGAGAACCUCAUCCCACCGCUGCUCCACAGCGUCUUGGACCGAGUAGACAAACAGCUGCUGAUCUGCCCGCCGGUGACUCGGUUCUUCUACAGUCCCCAGGACUUGGCCUACAAGCUCUUGAUCCAAGGCGAUUCUUCUGGAAGGCUCAGGAUUUGGAACGUUCCGGAUACGCUGGAGCAGGAGGGGACGAAAGGCCUCCAAAGCACCACGUCGGUGUCCCUCCAGGAAGCCUUUGAGAAGCUGAGCCCCGGUCCCGCUGGCAUCAUCGACCAGCUGAGCGUGGUGCCCACCAGCCCGGAGCCCCUCAAGGUGACGGCCAGCGUCUACAUCCCGGCCCACGGGCGCCUGGUCUGCGGGCGCGAGGACGGCAGCAUCGUCAUCGUCCCGGCCACGCAGACGGCCAUCGUGCAGCUGCUGCAGGGCGAGCACACGCUCCGCAGAGGUUGGCCACCCCACCGGACUCUGCGAGGUCACCGCAACAAAGUCACCUGUUUGCUGUACCCUCAUCAGGUUUCUUCUCGUUACGAUCAAAGGUUUUUGAUCUCGGGGGGGGUGGAUUUCUCCGUCAUCGUCUGGGACAUCUUCUCCGGUGAGAUGAAACACAUCUUCUGCGUCCACGGAGGAGAAAUCACCCAACUCCUCGUCCCACCAGAGAACUGCAGCGCGCGGGUGCAGCACUGCGUCUGCUCGGUGGCCAGUGACCACUCGGUGGGGCUGCUCAGUCUCCGAGAGAAGAAAUGCAUCAUGUUGGCAUCUCGGCACCUUUUCCCCAUCCAAGUCAUCAAGUGGAGACCUUCUGAUGACUACCUGGUGGUGGGAUGCUCCGAUGGCUCCGUCUAUGUCUGGCAGAUGGACACGGGUGCUCUGGACCGUUGCGUGAUGGGCAUCACGGCGGUGGAGAUCCUCAGCGCCUGCGACGAGGCCGUGCCGGCCGCUGUGGACAACCUGAGCCACCCGGCGGUCAACCUGAAGCAGGCCAUGACCCGCCGCAGCCUGGCCGCGCUGAAGAAUGUGGCCCACCAGAAGCUCCAGACUCUCGCCACCAACCUCUUGGCUUCUGAAGCGGCCGACAAGGGGAACCUGCCCAAAUACUCCCAUAAUUCCCUCAUGGUUCAAGCUCUAAAGACCAACGUGACGGACCCCGACAUCCACGUGCUCUUCUUCGACGUGGAGGCCCUCAUCAUCCAGCUCCUGACCGAGGAGGCCUCCAGGCCCAACGCCGCCAUGGUCUCUCCUGAGAACCUGCCGAAAGCUUCUGGUGGCUCCGAGAAAGGAGGGUCCUUCUUGGCCGGGAACCGGGCGGCCGUCCUCUUCCAGCAGGUGAAGGAAACCAUCAAAGAGAACAUCAAAGAACAUCUCUUAGAUGAUGAAGAUGAAGAUGAGGAGACCUUACGGCAAAGAAGAGAAGAUGGUGACCCCGAGUAUCGGUCGAGCAAGUCCAAACCCUUGACCUUGUUGGAGUACAACCUCACCAUGGACACGGCCAAGCUCUUCAUGUCCUGUCUUCACGCCUGGGGCCUCAACUCGGUCCUGGAUGAGCUUUGUCUCCACCGUCUGGGGAUGCUGAAGCCCCACUGCUCCGUGUCCUUCGGUCUCCUCUCCAGAGGAGGCCACAUGUCCCUCAUGCUCCCGGGCUUCAACCAGCCGGUGGGCCGAGCUCCGUCGGGGCCGCUGGAGGUGGGCAGGAAGAUGUCCAUCACCGAAGGGUUGGGGAAGGGCACCUACGGAGUGUCCCGGGCCGUCACCACUCAGCAUCUCCUGUCCGUCAUCUCCUUGGCCAACACGCUGAUGAGCAUGACCAACGCCACCUUCAUCGGGGACCACAUGAAGAAAGGGCCCACCAGGCCACCGAGACCGGGGACUCCCGAGAUGACCAAAGCGAAGGCCCCACCUUCCGUUUCGAGUCACGCGGCCCAAGGGCAGAUCAAGCAAGUGGCUCCCGCUGGUCCUCCUGGCGUGGACACGGCCACCCCCGGCCCUGCUGCUCCUCCUUUCCAUUCCUGCUUCUUAGUCAACGAAGGGUGGAGCCAGCUGGCGGCCAUGCACUGCGUCAUGCUCCCGGAUCUCCUGGGCCUGGAGAAGUUCCGCCCUCCUCUCCUGGAGAUGCUGGCGCGCCGCUGGCAGGAUCGCUGCUUGGAGGUGCGAGAAGCCGCCCAGGCCCUGUUGCUGGCCGAGCUGAGAAGAAUCGAGCAGGUGGGACGGAAGGAAACCAUCGACGCGUGGGCUCCUUACCUCCCCCAGUACAUGGACAACGUCAUCUCCCCCGGAGUCACCACGGAAGCUCUUCAAACCGGAACGGCCAACCCGGACACCUCGGGGACAGAGGCCAAAGUUCAAGAAGAAGAACACGAUCUGGUGGACGAUGACGUCACAGCAGGUUGUCUCCCUGGCCUGCCGCCCAUGAAGAAGGUCUCCACGUCCUACGAGGAGAGGCGCAAGCAGGCCACGGCCAUCGUCCUCCUGGGCGUCAUCGGGGCCGAGUUUGGAGCCGAAAUCGAACCUCCCAAACUUCUGACCCGCCCUCGGAGCUCCAGUCAAAUUCCGGAGGGCUUCGGCCUGACCAGCGCUGGCUCCAACUACUCCUUGGCCCGGCACACCUGCAAAGCGCUGACGUUCCUGCUGCUGCAGCCGCCCAGCGCCAAACUGCCGGCGCACAGCACCAUCCGCAGGACGGCCAUCGAUCUCAUCGGCCGCGGCUUCACCGUCUGGGAGCCCUACAUGGACGUCUCGGCCGUGCUCAUGGGCCUCCUGGAGCUCUGCGCCGACGCCGAGAAGCACUUGGCCAACAUCACGCUGGGUUUGCCACUCAGCCCGGCGGCCGACUCGGCCCGCUCGGCUCGCCACGCCCUGUCCCUCAUCGCCACCGCCCGCCCGCCCGCCUUCAUCACCACCAUCGCCAAGGAGGUGCACCGGCACACGGCGCUGGCGGCCAACACGCAGUCGCAGCAGAACAUCCACACCACCACCCUGGCCCGCGCCAAGGCCGAGAUCCUGCGCGUCAUCGAGAUCCUCAUCGAGAAGAUGCCCACCGACGUGGUGGACCUUCUCGUGGAGGUGAUGGACAUCAUCAUGUACUGCUUGGAAGGGUCUUUGGUCAAGAAGAAGGGCCUUCAGGAAUGCUUUCCGGCCAUCUGCAGGUUCUACAUGGUCAGCUACUACGAGCGGAGCCACCGGAUCGCGGUGGGAGCUCGUCACGGCUCCGUCGCCCUCUACGACAUCCGCACGGGCAAGUGUCAGACCAUCCAUGGUCAUAAAGGUCCCAUCACUGCGGUGGCUUUUGCUCCUGAUGGCCGCUACCUUGCUACCUACUCCAACUCCGACAGCCACCUCUCCUUCUGGCAGAUGAACACGUCUCUCCUGGGGAGCAUCGGCAUGUUGAACUCGGCGCCUCAGCUCCGCUGCAUCAAGACCUACCAGGUCCCACCAGUCCAACCAGCUUCUCCCGGUUCCCACAAUGCCCUGCGCUUGGCCCGCCUCAUCUGGACCUCCAACCGCAACGUCAUCCUCAUGGCCCACGAUGGCAAGGAGCAUCGCUUCAUGGUCUAGGCAGGAGGACGAUGGCGCUGGAGAAGACAUUCCUUGGCUGGUUCCUUGGUGGGUCAAAGCCCUUCCCAUCCUCGCUUGGCUGUUGACGCCUCGGCCCUCGUUUCCCGCCGUUCCCCUUCAGUGUUGACCAAACGCUUGGUGUUUACGUGGACCUUCUCCGCCAACGGCUGAUGGGCGACGCCAAUCAUGGGUGGACGCUCGAUCUUCUAAGGUAAUGGAGAUGUUUCCACCUACAAACUCUUUGGUUUCUAAGAGCGCUGCCGGGUCCGCUUGGCCGGGCUGGCCAGAAAAAGACUUCAGGUGUCCAUAAAACAUGGAGAUCUCGCUCGGAAACGGCAAUUUUGCACUGAAAAACUGGAGUAUUUAUGGCUGAAGAUGAGCUGCUGUUCUUCAAGUAGGUAUUUAUUGACCCCUCAAAGCUUUGUAGGUAUUUAUUGACCCCAAAACUGUCGCUGUUCGUGGUGGGGGUGGAGACCACACUGUCCUGCGGGGCCACAGUCGCUCUUUGGGGACCGUGGAGAAGAUCUGAGGUUCCUCCGUGGCCGUGCUGACCCCGGCGAAGGGACACGGCGCAAAGAGCGCCAACUGGGGGGGGAGCAUUGAGAAGACCGUUUGGUGGUGGCUUCAAUGGGGACCUCCUGGCGUUGCCCUUUGCUUCCAUCGUGGACUUUUUCCCGCUCGUUUGUGUUCCUCGUUAAGGCAAAGCCGCUCUCGGAGGCCUUCAACGCCGCGGUGUAAAGCGUGGGAGAGCUUUGCCGGUGGGUGGUGGUCCCCGGGGUGGUCCUCGAGCUCUCUGUGCGCAACAAAUAAACCGAGUGAC